AUGUCCAUCACUUACAACGAUAGGAAAAAUUUUAGAAGUUUUGUAUUGAAUCUAAAAAGUCUCAACUCAACAUGGAGUGUUGGUCGUAUUGCUCGUUUUAUUCAAAAUUCUGAUAAUCCACCACAUUUGAAGUACACAUCACUUUACAAAUGUGUAUCUCGAAUAUUAAAAAGAGAAACCAUUAACGACAAGAAAAGAUCCGGUCGGCCCGUAACAGUCACAACGUCUGAAUUCCGUAAAAAUGUUGAUAAAUGUAUUCGAUUGAAAAAAAAUGCUUCUAUUAGAAAAACAGAUGCCAUACUUAAAAGACAAGGUUUUACAUCAUCGGAAACUUCCAUUUAUCGAACAGUGAAAGCAUUAAAUUUAAAAUGGUAUAAGAAGAGAAAAUCACAGAAACUCAGCGAUAUUGAUAAAAAAAACCGUGUUAAAUGUGCAAAAACAUUAAGAUCCAAAUUAGGUAUUAGCAAAAAUUCGAACAAGUGGAGAUGGAACCGUAUUGUCAAUUGCGACUUCUCUGAUUUAUUCACUUUUCAAGGUUUUCAAAAUAAAAAAAACGAUGGAGUGUGGGCGAGAGAAGGUGAAGAAAUUGAAGCUGGCUUAAUUAAUGCACAAACGGAAAAAUUUCAAAAAGGAAUUCUAUUUUGGGGAGCAAUAUCAUCACAAGGUCUAAUACCAUCACGUGCACCAAUAAAUGUUACUCAAUGGUUAGAACAACAACGUACUCCAUGUGAUGAUAAACGAAAACGAGUAUAUUUAACAAGCCAGUUGUACGCCAAAUUUUUAACAGAAAAAGCAGCUCCAGCAAUCAAGACCGUAUUUCGAAAAUGUAAACUAAAUCCUAUUUUUCACGACGACCAAGAUCAAAAACAACGAACAAUAUUAGUAAGAGAUACAGUUGCAGCACUUUUUAGUGAACAUAUAGAACCAGCAGAUGGUGAUGCUAAAUUUGCCGAUGUUUGGAGGAUAGAAAAUGUUCCUCAAACACAUAUUCCAUUACAUGAUGAUAUGAAGCUUCAACUUAGUGAGGAUGAGAAUGAAGAAGAAGAAGAAGAAGAUGAUGAUGAUGAUGAUGAUAAUAAUAAUAAUGAUGAUAAAAUAUCAAAUGAGAAUCAAAUUAAAAAUCAACAUACCGACAGUGAUGAUCAAGCAUCUAUUGACAGUGAUACGGAGAAUGAUGAUGAACUAAAUCGAACGAAUCCAAAUACAUUAUCAUUAAGUGAUUUUAUUCCUGUAAAACAUUCACCAGUAGAAUCAUCAAUUGAUAGUCGAAAACGAAGUUUAUCAUCAUCAAUGCCAUCUCAAGAAAUAAAACAAAAUAAACGUAAAGAAGAAUUAAUUAAAUCAUUUUCAUCAUCUGUAAAUAUUCCUAUUGAUAUUAAACAACCAACACUUCCUAUAACCAUUCCUACAUAUUUAUUUUCUGAUCAGUCUAUUAAAACGGAAGAUGAUCAAAUUAGUGAAAAAUCACAAAAAACACUAAAAAGAUAUGCGAGUGGUACAAUUAAACAAGAAACAAAUACACAGAUGAUUGAUAAUUCUAAUACGACAAAUGGUACACAACAAAAAAAGAAUAAAACUAGUCAUUUAUACAAACAAGAGCCAGCUAUUUGUUCAACAACAAUACGCGUGAAAGAAGAAUCAAACAUUAUGUCAAAUGUUGUGUCAUCUAAUGAUAUAUUAUCUACUGGUAACACGACUACUAUUGCACCAAUAUCAGAUCAGCCAAAGAAAAAACCAACAGCAAAUGUUAGACCACUUUUACAAACUGCAACAAUUGAUAAUUUAUCGUCAAUAAAUAAUAAUACAAAUGUUCUUACUACACCUGAUCGUUUAACAACAGCAACUAAUGCUUCAACAAAAUCCUACUAUAAUAACUUAAAAAAUAUGUCAACAAAAGAAUUAAAUUCUUUAGCUCGAGAAAAAAAGAAACAAGCUGAUGGUGAAAAACGAACAUUCGAAGAUGUUAAACAAUCGAUGUCAUUAUAUCUUGAAUCUGUUUGUUAUUUUAUUCAAUGUGCUCAUGAUGAACCGAUAUUAGAACAACGUACUUCAUUAUUGGCAGCAACAUUAUCAAUGCUACAACAUCUUGUAUUUAAUUAUGAAAAAAUGUUUCAUAUAUCUACAAAUCAAUCAAUAGAUUCAUUAAAUAAUAUUCGACAGAAAUUUCUUUUAAUUAAUUAUUGGCUUCAAUCUUUAAUUUAUCAAUUACAAUAUAAUGCAAAUUUACCAAUAAUUGAACGAUGUGUUCAUCAAGUAACAGAAUAUUUUAAUCAUUCAAAAUCUCCAUCAGAUACAAAUCAUAAUUUUAUAUAUGAAUUUUCAAAAUAUAUGUUACAUUCAUAUAAUUCAAAUUAUUAUUGGAAUAAAGCUGAUCGUUUAAAGCGUGAAGAACCAUUAAAAAAAUUUAAUGAACAGUUAUUAAAACAAAAUCAAAAUCGACGCUUAGCACGUGAUGAUACAACAUUAGAUUUUUUAUUGUAUAUUUUUGAUGCGAUUGAUUUAUUACGUGUAACUAUUGUUUAA